GAUUGAAGAUACAGGCCAUACCGCCAUGAGUGUUUACGUUCAGUUGUAAUCGGUGCGAUCACGCACGUUUCGAUUUGUGAGAUAAUAUAUAUUAAAAUUUUAUGAGAAAAAUCUACAUUUUGUUGCGAAAAUAAGGAAAUAACCUUAACCUUAACAUAAUGACUGAAUUGAAUAAAGACAGAAAUACAUUUUUUAAAAGGUGUAUGUAUAAAGAUUGUAUAAACAGACAAGUGCCUCAUGGAAAACACUUAUAUAGAUUUCCAGCGGAGACAGAUGGCAGACAGUAUAUAUGGAUACGUUAUAGUGGAAAUAGAAAUUUGGAAACAUGGUCCGCUACUACUGUUCGACGAGCCGGAUUAUGUGAAAAUCACUUUACUCCAGAAUCGUUUAAUCCUAAGAGUGCAAGAAAAGCAUUGAAACGUGAUGCACUGCCAAUUCCAUAUGACUCAAUAGUUGCUGAAAAAAGUUCCAACGAAUCUGAAGAAAAAAGGAAAAAUUUAAAUGAAAUAGAGCCUCACGUGAAAGAAAAUAUGACGGGGCCAUCAGACUCUGCUGAGAUGAAUGUUGAGUCAUUUACAUCUAAUUCCGACGAUCUACCAAUAAAUGAGCAACUAUUUCAAAAACCUCCACUGAAAACUUAUAAGUCACCACAUUUAAAGUUCCAGCGGGAUAUUCCAGCGGGAAAAGAUGUAAUAGAAUGGGCGCAUAUAGAACCACCUGUAUGUGAAGGAGUCUUGGUGGCUACUUUGCAAAAUAAUGCAAAUAGUAAAGAAAGUGAAAAAAAUAAAGAAAAUAAUGUAACAAAAAAACUUAAUAGUUCAGACAAUAUGGUUAAAUCUUUAAAAGUAACAAAAAAACUUAAUAGUUCAGACAUUAUGGUUGAAUCUUUAAAAGCUGAGAAUGUUCGAUUGCGGAAUAUACUGAAGCGUUUAAAAUAUCGCAUGCGUAAAGCAAAAUGUACACAAAAAUAUGGACAGCUAAGAGGACGGAAACAAAAGAAAAACCUUUUAAAGAAAUUGAUAGAUGAGCAAGAUCUGCAUCCUGUUGCAAAAACUAUGAUCAAUUUGCAAUUGCAUACAUCACAUGAACCAUAUACGGAAGAAGAAAAAAAUCUAUCAAAACAAUUAUAUUGUUAUUCACCUUCUACAUUCUGCUACUUGAAAAGAGCAGGUUGUAAUUUUCCUGGAGGACGAACUAUGAGGAGAUGGCUAGAAGAAUGUAACACAAAACCAGAACUUUGUGAUGUUAUUGAUUUGAAAGAUUAAAAGAAAAAAAUUCUUAUUUCUGCUAUAUAUUGGAGAAAAGAGUGCUCAAAAUGGAACUUAUUGUAAUAUAUAGUAUAUGAAUAUACAGGGCGCUGUAGUGAUGAUCAAACGUUUGAUAAAAUACUUCAGGGCAAAAACGAAGCACUUGGUGACGUUACAAUGAUAGACGAUUUCUUUAAUAAGAUAAGAAGAUCGAAGAAGUGGUGAAACACGUGUGUAGAAUGGAGUGAAUAAUUAUAUAUUCAGAAAUUAAUAGACAACGUAAAAUUAUUCAAAGAAUGUUCCAGAGUAUUGCACAUUUUCAUACCAAUGUUGUAUUCAUUUAAAGCAUAUGACAAUUUUUUUUAUGUUUUUACAAUGAUAAUUAUUUCUUUAAAAUAACUCUGGAAUAAAUGAUGAAAUGUUCAAAUACCAUUAAAGCUAUCGAAAUAAAGUGUGAGCCAACACCAGUGUUGGUAUGUAUAAUAAUUUUUAUUGUUACAUUUUCUAGCUUCAAACUGCGCGUUGUAAUUUUUGUCGGUCUUGAAACACAGUUCUUAUAUAUGAAGCCGGAAUUCACUGUUCUAUCUGAGGUGAUAUUUUUUGCAAUAAAUUCUUUACAGGUUUUGGGAUGGAGGGAGAUUCUUGUAAAUAUUUGUUAGUAUUAAAUGUUAAAUUACUUAUCAAUUUAAUUUGUUACAGUGGAUUCCGGCUUUAUGUAAGAACUACUGUGUUUUAAGACCGACAAAAAUUACACAGUUUGUAUGGACUGGAGAUUGUAACACUAAGAAUUAUUAUACACUCCAACAUCCGUCUCGGUUCACAUUGACUAUAUUUUGAUAACUUUGAUUUAUUUUUGGGAGCCUGAUUCCUUUUAAAACCAUUAUAGUUAUAAACUAAUACUUAUAAACUUUCUAGUAAGUUUCAUCUGGCAUUAGAUACAGUUGCAAAACACGUACUUUUUGUAUUAUUAUUAUUAUAACAUUUUAUUUUUCUCAGUUUUGUAUUAUAUUUUUACUUUGUUUUCAUUUUAUA